ACGUCGCAGAGAGAGAGACUUUAUUUGAUAAUUCCAAAGUUGCACUAAUGUGGUGACAUUGUUCCCUCGUGAACCCAAAAUGUCUAUGCAUUAGUUAAGUUUUGACUCUUCGUUUUCCUCUAUAAAGGUUGCAACUUUUGCACUUCCCACUACAGAUAUAGAGCGCUUGGUAUAGAGACUUAAUGUGGUGACAUAAAUAUGCCUCGUGAAUCCAAAAGGGUCGUAAUAAUUUCAUGCCGUUGCAGCAAUUAAAUAACUAUCGACUCUUCAUUUUCGUCUCCAAAGGUGCGACGCGACUUUUGUUAUUCCCUUUACGCCUUUAUAAAGACAGACGCAUCUCCCAAGCUUUACCCUACCUAUCCCCUUUCUCUCCUUUUCUUUCAGAAAUGUCUACAUCCAUUGUACAAGUUGGAUAUGCAAGCGUCAGGGUGACAGUGGCUAGAAAUGACAGCGACAUUACUGAUCAUGUGCGGAUAUUCCUGUCUAAUGACAAAAACAAGAACAAAAUCAUCGGUCUGGAUACAGAACGAUCGGUUUUACAAGGUGACAUAGAUCACCCUCCGGAGAGCAGACUCGUGGUUCUCCAGCUCUGUGAUGGCCAGAAUUGCCUAAUAAUCCCGCUUCGUAAUGUACGUGGUAAUAAGCCUCCCGUUUCUCUCACCAAUUUCCUCAAUCUCCCAGAAUACACUUUCAUGGGUGUAGGUAUUAGUAAGGCUUUGGAAAUGCUUAAGAGUCAGUGUGGUUUGACCUGCAAGAGUGCCGUUGAUAUCGGUCCUUCGUCGUGGACCUUGUUGAGCAAGUCUCCUGGUGAUAUAAAGCUUACUUUCCAGCCAUACUUCACGGUUAAGAAACCAAUAACAGAAACUAUCUGUGAAGAUUGGGACACUAGCAGUCUUAGCGAGAAUCAGAUCAUCCAUGCAACAAUGAAUGCUGACUUGGCUUUCGAAGUUGGGGAUAUGAUUAUAGAAACUCUCCAUUGA